GGGCGGGGCGUGCUCUCCGGCCAGCCUGAGCGCCUCCGCGCUUGCGCAGGUCGAGGGCGGCGGCUCAGGCUUCGGGUGGGCAUCGUCCGUUCCUCCCUGGUGUAGCCUAGAAUUCAGCGGAGAAACACGGCCGAGACGUGGAGGGGAAAAUGCAAUAACAAGGCAGCAGUUAUGAGGCAGAAUCUUACUGAGCUAUGGAGACACCAGGUGACUGUCCCGGAAAUGAGUCACAGGCCAUCCCAGUCCUGGAGGAAGACCCUGUGGAUUAUGGUUGUGAGAUGCAGCUCCUGCAGGACGGGGGACAGUUGCAGCUCCAGCUGCAGCCAGAGGAAUUCGUGGCCAUUGCAGACUAUACUGCCACCGACGAGACUCAGCUCAGUUUUUUGAGAGGAGAAAAAAUUCUCAUCCUGAGACAAACCACAGCUGAUUGGUGGUGGGGUGAGCGUGCGGGCUGCUGUGGCUACAUUCCUGCCAACCAUCUUGGGAAACAGGUGGAGGAGUAUGACCCAGAGGACACUUGGCAAGAUGAGGAGUACUUUGACAGCUAUGGAACUCUGAAACUUCAUCUGGAAAUGUUGGCUGACCAGCCUCGCACAACGAAAUACCACAGUGUCAUCCUGCAGAACAAGGAGUCCCUGAAGGACAAGGUCAUCCUGGACGUGGGCUGUGGCACUGGGAUCAUCAGCCUCUUCUGUGCCCACCAUGCACGGCCCAAGGCAGUCUAUGCUGUGGAGGCCAGUGAGAUGGCACAGCACACAGGCCAGCUGGUCCUGCAGAACGGCUUUGCUGACACGAUCACUGUGUUCCAGCAGAAGGUGGAAGAUGUGGUGCUGCCCGAGAAGGUGGACGUGCUGGUGUCUGAGUGGAUGGGGACCUGCCUGUUGUUUGAGUUCAUGAUCGAGUCCAUCCUCUACGCCCGGGACGCCUGGUUAAAGGAGGAUGGCGUCAUCUGGCCAACCACAGCCGCACUGCACUUGGUGCCCUGCAGCGCUGAAAAGGACUACCACAGCAAGGUUCUCUUCUGGGACAACGCCUACGAGUUCAACCUCAGUGCACUCAAGUCUUUGGCAAUCAAGGAGUUUUUUUCGAAGCCUAAGUCUAAUCAUAUCUUGAAGCCAGAAGACUGUCUCUCUGAACCCUGCACUAUCUUGCAGUUGGACAUGAGAACUGUGCAGAUCUCCGACCUGGAGACCAUGCGUGGUGAGCUGCGAUUUGACAUUCAAAAAGCUGGUACCCUGCAUGGCUUCACAGCUUGGUUCAGUGUGCACUUCCAGAGCCUAGAGGAGGGCCAGCCUCAGCAAGUGCUCAGCACAGGCCCACUGCACCCCACCACACACUGGAAGCAGACCUUGUUUAUGAUGGACGACCCCGUCCCAGUCCACACAGGAGACGUAGUCACGGGUUCUGUUGUGUUACAAAGAAAUCCGGUGUGGAGAAGGCACAUGUCCGUCUCUCUGAGCUGGGCUGUCACUUCUACACUUGACCCCACAUCUCAAAGAGUUGGAGAAAAAGUCUUUCCAAUCUGGAGGUGACAGUUAAGCCCUGCUUGGGAGCCAUGGUCAUGGUAUGCAUCUUGGUGGAAGAAGAUGCACCUGGCCACCAGCUGUGACAUCCAUCCGCACCUGUCCCAUGCUGACCCCCUUUCCACCUAGCAGGUGACACUGGGCCCUUCACAGAUAAGCCUAUGGGCUCACUCCUAGAGUUUCUCUUGUAGGCUGUGUAUGUAGGUGUUCAUCCUCUGGUGCCCAUCACCUGCCAGUUGUGACAGUGUUCCCAGCUGGGAGUAGCUGUAGAUCCCUCAGACACACAUUUUAGCCUGUGUAUCUGUGACUGUGAUGUCCAUAUGCUGUGUCAGUGGUGUCCCUGAGGUCCUUGCCCAGCUGCUCCACCCGUGGACUGUGGCUUGCAGAGCUGUGCUCUUGAUAGUUGAACCCCUGUGUCCCAGUGUAAGGACUGGUGGUGGCAGUGCGUGCAAUGGGCUCUGCAUGGGUAGCGCAGUGUGUAACAUCGUAUGGGUAAGUUAUAUGUGAGACAUAGUACAUGCUCAAUAAAUAUUUUUUAAUGAACAAAUGUUCCAUGUCCUGUUUCUAAGCAUAUACACUGUUUCUCAUAAGUAUGGUGUCAUGGUUUGAGUGAAAAUGACCCCCAUAGCCCCAUAGGUAGUGGUCCUAUUGGGAGGUGUGGUCUUGUUGGAGCAGGUGUGGCCUUGUUGGAGGAAGUUUGUCACUGGGAGUGGACUUUGAGGUUUCAGAUGCUCAAGUGAGGCCCAGGGUCACUCUCUCUUCCUGCUGCCGGCUGAUCCAGAUAUAGAACUCUCAGAUACCUCUCCAGCACCAUGUCUGCCUGCCUGCCACCAUGCUUCCUGUCAUGCUGACAAUGAACCAAAUCUCAGAACUGUAAGCCAGUCUCAAUUAAAUGUUUUCUUUAUAAGA